AUGUAUACUCGUCGUUCACUAUAAAGUCCGCCGUCAACAAGUCAAUGCAGUGACAAAAAUGCAGCAGCAAAAUGUGGCGUCGGUGUGUGGACAGACACUCCAAUCGACACAGACACAGACACAAAGUGGACCAUCAGAACCUCAGUCCCUCUACGCCCUCUGCCGUGUCUUCUUUCUCAUGCCGUGCGUCAGUCAGGUGUCCUUUAUCAUCUUUUUGGUCAUGGUGACGACGUAUCUCUCCUUCCGCCGCGCAUAGGCCUCCACCUGACACACACAGAAAGGUGGCUACUCACACACACACACACACGAGUGGCUGGCUUCUCACGUUGACGCGAUGGAAUGUGAUGGCUUCACACUUGGCGGCGAAACGGCCCCACCACUCCUCCCCUGCACCACACACACACACCCCCCGGUGGACUGAUGGCUGGCUGUCUGUCUGUGUGUGCGCACCGAUGUGCAGGUAUGCCGGCAGGGAGUGGCCGUACUUGUCGCCCCAGACCUCUUUCAUCCGGCGUGUGGUGAGGGCCUCGUACUCGGUGUCACACACAUCCGCUAUGAUGACACUCCGAGCGGACAGCCUGAACUCAAUCACAGAAUGACACAUGAGUGCGUCUGGGUGUGUGUGCGUGUGUGUGCGUGUGUGCCUGAGCAUCUCGUUGACGACGGUCUCGGCCACAUCGAGAGAAGGCAGGUACUGAAACACACUGUUGCACACCUGACAGACAGAAAUACAGCCCAACACACUCUCACACACACGAACAGACACACACACACACACGUACGUCGCACAUGUCAUGUGCCUGAGUACCACAGCGUCAUAGCUGCCCUCCUGCAUCUCUUUGGUCGCCUCUGGCAGCAAGCCCACCUAACAAACACACACACACACACACACACACACAGAGAGAGAGAGAGAGAGAUGCAACGUGCCUUGGCUGAUCUAUCCAUCGCCUCACCGACCAUGAAGUGCCCAUCGGCGAUGUUCACACGCGCCCUCUCGAUGCACGACUGCGACGCAUCCACACCUACACACACACACACACACACAUGUCCGUCCACUCAUGCAUCUGUCUGUCCGUGUGCCCACCAGACAGUUGCAGCCCAUGGACGAUGCUCUGGACACACGAGAGGAAGGCGCCCACGCCACAGCCGCACUCGAACACCCGGUCGCCGCUGCGGAUGUUUGUGCUGCCGAUGGUGUCCUUGACGUACAGGUGCCACACAGUCGGGUCAUCCAAGUCCUUCCACCCUGUUUGUGUGAUGGAUCGUGUGAAAGAUGCGCACAUAGAGAGAGGGAGAGAGAGUGAUCGUGUGUGUAUGUGUACCUGCCAUUUGGUGAAGGUGGUCAAACUCGCCCUCCUGCGCCAUUCGCCCAAACACGUCGGUCCAUUUCUCUCCCUCACUGCUGCUACUGCUGCAAAGACACACACACGCACAGAGAGCGAACCAUCCUCAUCCGGGCAGAUGAUUGCGUGCAGGCGUAGGUAGCUACCUGUUGUCCAUGGUGUGUGUGGCGGCGACGCUCACUCUCUCAUCUCUUGUCAUUCAGUCAGACACGCGAUGGAGUCCCUUCCGACAGAUCACGAACGAACAGAUCACGAACGAACAGAUCACGAACGAACAGAUCACACGGACAGAUGCAUCAAAGGGACAAACAGAUCUACAUCAAACACGACACAUGCAGCAUGGUGUGCGAGACGUGUCCAUCUCACCUUUUUC